AUGCGCUCCAAGAUGCGCUCCCCCAAAAUCACAUCCGUGAAACCAUCCAUAUACCCAGCAUUAACCUUCAACAUCAUCCGCGCCGCCGCCCUCCUUGCCUCUAUCGUCGUCGGCCUCAUCCUCGCCGUGUUUAUUUACCAUCUCCACGCCGACGGCUAUAAACUGCCCUUUGCCUUUUUGAUCCUCCUCAUCACCGCCGUCUUCUCCCUCCUCAAUGUCCUCUUCACAACAGUCAUCAACUGCAGCUGCGGCCUCUCACCCAAACUCUCCAUAAUCCUCAACAUCAUCCUUCUCCUCCUCUGGCUCCUCUCCCUCGCCCUACUCAGCUACAGCAUGUCCGGCACAAUCCUGACAAAAUGCACAACAGCCGACUGGGCCAAUUCAACCGGCAUAUCCGUCUGCCGCUCCUACAAAGCCCUCUUCUCCUUCACCGUCAUCGGCACAGCCGCCUACAUCGCCUCCAUCACCCUGGACGUCAUCGUCCGCCGCCGCGUCAACAGAUUAGGCGUCUACAACCCAAUGGAAAGCGCCGCAAUGCUGGGCGAAGAUCCCGCCGACGUAAAGCUGGCUAAUCGUCGCAGCGAUCCGUUCGCGUAUGAUCCUGACCCAACACCUCCCGUCAUGGCCGGUGGAAAUCACUACGGUGAUGUCCCCGCCUAUUCGCAUGCUUAUUCGCAUUCUUAUUCCAAUUCGCUCGAUAAUGCGCAUGCCCAGGAGUCCUCGGGCUUUUUGGAUAAUGCUCACGCUGGCACGGCUCCAAGGGUGAGGUUUGGUUCGGAUCAGGGUUAUCCCCCCUCCCAGACACAAUAUGAUCCGGCUGGCUACCGGUGA